AUGGUAAACGAUGUCGAUGCCGCAGUUGGUUUACAAGCCGAUACAAGAAUACCCCUCAGCAGUCCACUAGAUUAUAUUCUUGUAGAAGAGACAAGGGAAGCAGAAAUAGUAUCCGAAGAAAAGGUUUAUAUCUACAAAAAGCCACAAACAACGAGAGAUAAAGCGAAUAUACAAAAUCUGGAGGAUGCCUUAGACCUAAACCGGGAGGGAUACCUUUGUCCAGAUAUCUUAAAUCAAUUUCGAGACGCCUAUCUCUAUGUCGAAAAGCGGGUAAUCGAGUUCCUAGAAGACUCUGAACUCUGGGGCCCAAAGUCAAAAUUCGACGAACAGCUCGAGGACGCUAAAGCUUUCAUAAUUUCUGGUGGAAAAGAUGCAAGGUCGAUGUUCAAAACUGAAGCAUGGCAUCUCAUCUUCUACAUAGCGCAAAUGCUUCACCCGUCACACUUUACUUACUAUCCAGGACACCAACGGGUUACAAUAUAUGCUACUAUAGGCAUGGAGAUCAUUCAACUCAUUGGGGCGACUAAUAUGAAUAUGGAUCGGUCGUGCAGAAAGUCCGCGGCUGGUAACCGGGAGGUGGAUUUUCAGGAUUCUGUGCCGUAUUAUUGGGAUUUAUCGUACGAGAGAGUCCCCAUAAAAUGGACGGCUAUUCAAGAGCGGAAAGAGAAGAGGAAGACGAUCUAA